CACACACAAGUUGUCCAACAAAACUCAUCACACAAUUCCAAAGAGAGAGAAAGCAACAGACAAAGUUAGGUAACACAGCAUUGACAAUCAGAGAGAGAGAUAGAGAACAUAAAACCAUUGUUUUGUAUUGUAAGUCAGCAACUAAGACUUUUGCUAUAGCUGCUGCUUCUGUUUCUGUUUCUGCCUCCUCAACCUUUGUUGUCCACUCUGAUGAAAUCCAAAACUCCAACUUAGAAAAAUUAGCACACAAGUCAGCUCAUUUGAAAUCUACAUAUUUUAUAUUGUAGUUAGAUUCUCAGGAAAGAUAAAGAACUUUCCUUUUCUGUCUUCAACUUCAACAACAACUGUGAUAUGACUUGUGCUUUUUAUUUUACACCAUGUUUCCUUGAUUUGAAAUUUUCUGCUAUCUUUGUCUUUGUCUUGCUAUCACUGUUUGUGGUUUGAAAAUCAGAGAGAGUGAGACAGCAAAUACCAAAUAAAGAGGCUGAAAAGUGGGUUUGGUUUGGAAAAUAAGCAGAUCCCUUUGAUGGAAGUUUGUUGAGGUUAGGUUCUAAGGCACACUGUUUCUAGCUACCCCUUUUGUUUAUUCUGCUUAAAUUUCAAACCUUUUCUGGUUUCUGAUAUCUCAAGUUAACAAAGAUUUCAUUUUUGUGGGUGGGGGGUUUGGUGUGAAGCUUGAGAGAUCUCGUGAGAUUUUCAUGGUAAAGUUUCAUUGUUGAGUUGAGCUCUGAGCAAUAUCAGGUCAAAGAUUGUGAAUUUCUGGUGGGGACUGAGGGAUCUCACAGCUCUAGUUGUGUAUUGAUUGUUGUCUCACUUUCUUUCUUCUUUAUUUUAAAUGGCCACUGUUGAUUGCUUCAUCCGCAAGCUGUGCUCAUAUGGUCCCUUUUCCACUUUCUUUGGUGUUUGGGGAUAUGGGAUAUAAGUAUCCUCAUUUGGGUAUUUUACCUCUUUCUUCAAGGGUUGAUUUUUUUUCUUGCUUUCAGAUUGAGUAGAGAGGGUUUUCCCAUAGUCUAGAUCUCAUGUUCUUGGGAUUGGUGGUCUAAUUUAUUUCCUUGAAAUUGGUGUCUUCCUUGUGCAAUUGCAAGUUGUGUGUUGAAGUUUGAGGGUUGAAUUUUGCAACCUUUGAUUAAAAGUUACUUCACUUCUCAGUGAUACUAGCUUCUGCUGUGGUGUCUAUGGGAGCUUAGUCCUGACAUUGAAGUUAACAUCUAAGUUUGGUUUCAGCAAUGGCGGUGCCUAGAUGUUUCUUGGUGACAAUUCUGCAGUGGUGUUUUUUGGCUUGCUUACUUUGCUUGUCUCUGGCUCUUAACAAUCAAAGCCAAUUGUGUAAUCCACAGGAUUUAACAGCCCUGAAGGAGUUUGCAGGAAAUCUUACAAGAGGCUCUAUCAUCAGAACAUGGUCCAAUGAUGUUGUGUGCUGCAACUGGGUUGGAGUUGUCUGUGAUAAUGUGACUGGUGCUAGUAGAGUGACCAAGUUGAUCCUUCCUGAAAUGGGUCUCAAUGGGACAAUUUCACCUUCUUUAGCACAGCUAGAUCAGCUCAAUGUGCUGAAUCUUUCAUUCAACAGUCUUGGAGGUGGGUUGCCUGCAGAAUUAUCCAAGUUGGAGCAGUUGAAAUUCCUUGAUGUGAGCCAUAACAUGCUGUCAGGACCUGUUGCUGGAGCACUUUCUGGUUUGAAAUCCAUUGAAGUGUUGAAUGUUUCUAGUAACACAUUUUCUGGAGACCUCUUCAGCCUUGGGGAAUUGGAAUUCCCACAUCUCCUUGCCUUCAACAUGAGUAACAAUUCAUUCACUGGAGGAUUCAGUUCUCAGCUUUGCAGUUCUUCCAAGGAUCUUCACACCCUUGAUUUAUCUGCAAAUCAUUUUGGUGGUGGUCUUGAAGGCUUGGACAACUGCACCACCACAUCUCUCCAACUGUUGCACUUGGAUUCCAAUUCAUUCUCUGGGGUUCUUCCAGAUUCAUUGUAUUCAAUGUCAUCCUUGGAGCAAUUCUCAGUCUCUGCAAACAACCUAUCUGGCCAGUUAAGUAAGCAACUGAGUAAGCUCUCCAGUUUAAAAUCUCUUGUGGUUUCUGAGAACAGGUUUUCAGGGGAACUCCCAAAUGUUUUUGAUAACCUUUUGCACAUAGAACAAUUAGUUGCACAUGCCAAUUCAUUUUCUGGACCAUUACCUUCCACCUUGGCUUUGUGCUCUAAACUUAGAGUGCUUGAUCUUCGAAACAAUUCCUUGACAGGUUCUAUUGAUCUUAAUUUCACUGGGCUACCUAAUCUUUCCACACUGGAUCUUGCUAGUAAUCACUUCAUUGGAAGCCUUCCUAGUUCUUUGUCCUUUUCUCAUGAACUGAAAGUUUUAAGCCUUGCUAGGAAUCGUUUAACUGGUUCUGUCCCUGAAAACUAUGCCAAUCUGAGUUCAGUUUUGUUUGUAUCCCUGUCAAACAACAGCAUAGAGAACUUAUCUGGUGCACUGUCUGUUUUUCAACAAUGCAAAAAUCUCACCACUCUUAUCCUCACUAGGAAUUUCCAUGGUGAGGAGAUUCCAGGAAGUGUAACAGUAGGGUUUGAGAGUCUCAUGGUUUUAGCACUUGGGAAUUGUGGUCUUAGAGGCCAUAUUCCUUCGUGGCUAUCGAAAUGCAGGAAGUUGUCGGUCCUUGAUCUAUCUUGGAACCAUUUGAAUGGUAGCAUUCCUUCUUGGAUCGGUCAGAUGGAUAGCUUGUUCUACUUGGAUUUCUCGAAUAACACUCUCACUGGAGAAAUACCGAAAAGUUUGACAGAGUUGAAGGGCCUCUUGUGUCCGAAUUGUAGCAGAUUAAAUCUCCCUGCUUAUGGAGCAAAUCCUCUCUUUGUUAAGAGAAACACCAGUGCUAGUGGGCUGCAAUAUAAGCAGGCCUCAAGUUUCCCUCCUUCCAUUUACUUGAGCAAUAACAUGCUGAGUGGAAAUAUAUGGCCUGAUAUUGGUCUAUUGAAAGCACUGCUUGUUUUGGAUUUAAGCAGGAACAACAUCACCGGCUCCGUUCCCAGCACUAUUUCAGGGAUGGAGAAUUUGGAAACUUUAGAUUUAUCUUAUAAUGAUCUCUCUGGAGCGAUCCCUCCAUCAUUUAACAACCUCACAUUCUUGUCAAAGUUCAGCGUGGCAUAUAAUCAUUUAGAAGGACCAAUUCCAACCGGGGGGCAAUUUUUAAGCUUCCCUAGUUCCAGCUUUGAGGGGAAUCCCGGGCUUUGUGGGGAAAUUGAUUCUCCUUGCAAAUAUGUUGACAGUAUGAUGCCCCAUAUUCCUUCUGGUUCGUCCAGAAAACUCAGAAGAAGCAAUGUCCUCGGCAUAACGAUUGGUGUAGGAGUAGGGCUUGCACUGCUUCUUGCAUUUAUUCUGCUAAGAAUUUCAAAGAAGGAUGAUGAUAAGCCUAUUGAUAACUUUGAUGAGGAGUUCAGUGGUAGGCCACAUAGGUUAUCUGAAGCACUUGUUUCCUCGAAAUUGGUCCUUUUCCAGAAUUCAGAUUGCAAGGAUCUCACUGUUGCGGAUUUGUUAAGAUCCACAAACAAUUUCAACCAGGCUAAUAUUGUCGGUUGUGGUGGGUUUGGUCUUGUCUACAAGGCAAAUCUUCCAAACGGCACAAAAGCAGCUAUCAAGAGACUCUCUGGGGACUGUGGGCAGAUGGAACGCGAAUUCCAUGCUGAGGUAGAGGCCCUCUCAAGAGCUCAACACAAGAACCUUGUUUCUCUGAAAGGCUAUUGUCGGCAUGGGAACGACAGGUUGCUAAUUUACUCGUACUUGGAGAAUGGAAGCUUGGAUUAUUGGCUACAUGAGUGUGUGGAUGCAAAUUCGGCUCUAAAAUGGGAUGUGAGGCUCAAGAUUGCUCAAGGUGCAGCUCAUGGAUUAGCUUACUUGCACAAGGGGUGUGAACCAUACAUAGUGCAUCGCGAUGUUAAGUCGAGCAACAUUCUUCUGGAUGACAAGUAUGAAGCUCAUUUGGCUGAUUUUGGCCUCUCAAGGCUAAUUCAACCUUAUGCUACUCAUGUCACAACAGACUUGGUAGGAACUCUUGGAUACAUUCCUCCAGAAUAUAGUCAGACACUGACAGCAACGUUCCGGGGCGAUGUUUACAGUUUCGGCGUUGUUCUGCUUGAGCUUCUUACUGGUAGAAGGCCUGUGGAAGUGAUCAAGGGGAAGAAUUGCAGGAAUCUGGUGUCUUGGGUUUUUCAGAUGAAAUCUGAGAAUAGGGAGCAGGAGAUCUUUGAUCCAGCCAUUUGGGAGAAGGAUCGUGAGAAGCAACUGUUGGAGAUGCUUGCAAUUGCUUGUAAAUGUCUUCAUCAAGAUCCAAGGCAGAGACCCUCUAUUGAAGUAGUUGUUUCCUGGCUUGAUGAUGUAAAAUUUGAUGGUUGUCAACAGUGAUAUAAUUAGUCUUUGCUUUGGUACUUAGUACUACCCAGAUGUUUGGGUUUUGGUUGUUGUAUCAUGGAUAAUACAGUUGUAAAGCAAGGUUAUUGUAUGAAGUUGGAAUCUCCUUGUUAUGAA